CUAGACGAUCUUGUUGACCCUACUGAUCCAACUCGAAUUUACAAUGAGUUUAAUUUGAUUGCCCAAGGAGAAUCGGGUCAAUUGUACUCGGCCAAAUGUAUUCACACAAAUCAAACUGUGGCUGUUAAAAAGAUCCCUAUUACAUCUAUAGAAAAACUAAGCAAAAUCAGGAACGAGUUGGUCACUAUGAAAUCAAGUCGUCAUCCAAAUGUAGUCGAAUAUAUUGCCACCUACCGAACACAAAAUGAAGUCUGGGUUGUUAUGGAAUGUAUGGAUAUUGCCUUGUCCGACAUCCUGUCUACAAAAUCAUGUGAAGGAAAACCGUGCCUGAGAGAGGAUCAGAUCGGACGCGUUGCUAGAGAACUCUUACGUGCCCUAUGCCGUAUCCAUCGACUGGGACGAGUGCAUCGUGAUAUUCGGAGUGACAAUGUGCUGUUAAAUAUGCGUGGCGAGGUUAAAAUAGCUGACUUUGGCCACUGUGCUCAAUUGACUCAGAAUUCACCACAUCGAAACUCGGUUGUCGGCACACCGUACUGGAUGGCACCAGAAGUUAUCAAGGGCCAGAAUUAUGCUUACAAGGCUGACAUUUGGAGCCUUGGUAUUGUACUGAUGGAAAUGGCACAGGGCAACCCACCUUAUGUCGAUUCCCCGCCUCUUCGUGCCCUGUGUUUAAUUGCCUCUCAUGGAUCUCCGGAUCUAGACGAUCCCAAAAUCUGGUCCGGUCAUUUUAAGCACUUUCUCGCUGAGUGCACCACUAUAGAUCCAACAAAGAGACCCGAUGCAGCUACUUUGUUAAAGGUAAGCAAAAGAAAGAAAGGCAAUUGA